CCCACAUUUGCACAGUGCUCUCCAAUGCAUUUUCUCAUUGGAGUGAUCACCCUCAUUUUGAUAUGAGGACACUUAGUCUCAGAUAAAGAAUAAAUUUGCCUGUGUCAGUCCAUGGCAGGGUGACCUUGAACUCUGCCACCCCAUGCCGACUUGGUGCUUUUUCUGCUUCAUCAUCACAAAAGCCAGCUCAUGGGCGGAGGAUGGAUCCCAUUAACCCUGCGCCAUAUUUGCCUCAGGCAAAGUGGUCCCCAGGGCUGGGAGACCAAGGCUGGCCAGCGAUGUUCUGUCAGGUGCUCAAGGAAUCCCAGAAGUGUACAAGACGGAAGAGUCUGCUGAAGGUGAGGGCCAUGGACUUUAUCACCUCUACAGCCAUCCUGCCCCUGCUGUUUGGCUGCGUGGGCAUCUUCAGCCUCUUCCGGCUGCUGCAGUGGAUGCGCAUGAAGACCUAUCUGAGGAAUGUGGUGGUGGUGAUUACAGGCGCCACCUCAGGCCUGGGGAAAGAAUGUGCAAAAGUUUUCUACUCUGCGGGCUCUAAGCUGGUGCUCUGUGGCCGGAAUGGGGAAGCCCUAGAAGAGCUCAUCAGAGAACUCACUACUUCUCGUGCCACCAAGGUGCAGACACACAAGCCUUGCACAGUGACCUUCGACCUCACAGACCCUGGAGCUGUAGUUGCAGCAGCAGCUGAAAUCCUGCAGUGCUUUGGCUAUGUGGACAUACUCAUCAACAAUGCUGGGAUCAGCUACCGUGGUACCAUCAUAGACACCACAGUGGACGUGGACAAGAGAGUCAUGGAGACAAACUACUUUGGCCCAGUUGCUCUGACAAAAGCGCUCCUGCCCUCCAUGAUCGAGAGGAGGCGAGGCCACGUCGUUGCCAUCAGCAGCAUCCAGGGCAAAAUCAGCAUUCCUUUUCGAUCGGCCUAUGCAGCCUCCAAGCACGCAACCCAGGCAUUCUUUGACUGUCUACGUGCCGAGAUGGAACAGUAUGAAAUCGAGGUGACUGUCAUCAGCCCUGGCUACAUCCACACCAACCUCUCUCUAAAUGCCACCACUGCUGAUGGGUCCAGAUAUGGAGCUACAGACAAGACCACAGCACAGGGCCGAAACCCUGUGGAGGUGGCCCAGGAUGUUCUUGCUGCCGUGGGCAAGAAGGAGAAAGAUGUGAUCCUGGCCGACUUACUGCCUUCCUUGGCUAUUUAUCUUCGAACUCUGGCUCCUGGGCUUUUCUUCAGCCUCAUGGCCUCCAGGGCCAGAAAGGAGCGGAAGUCCAAGAACUCCUAGUGGUGCAUCAGAGCCGGGCACAGAAGCAACACCUUCUUAGGCUUGGUUGCUCUACAAGGGACAGUUGCAUUUGUUGGGACUUCAAUGGAGAUUUGUCUCACAGGUGGGAAGGACUGAAGAAACACUUCUCCUACAGAUCCCUAGCUAGGCCCCUGCUGGCAGAGAACACUACCCGGAAAGGCAAUAAGCUUCUUCUGAGGGGUGGGGGUAGCACUUAAGGAGUAAAUGUGGAACUGGGCUUUAAAUCUAAAAAUAUGAAAUGGAACUGGGCUUUAAAUCUAAAAAUAUGAAAUAAAUGACAUCAUUCUCAAGGAUAGAAGAA